AUGCACAAUGUUCUUGGAAAUCAUGUGACUAUUACUAACAAAUUGGAAACCGGUACGGACUUAAUUGUUCAUUGCAAGUCUGCCGAUGAUGAUCUUGGAGUUCAUGUUCUUCAUUUUGAUCAGUUGUAUGGUUUUUCUUUUGGAGAUACGUUUUUUGGCAUAACACAAUUCUAUUGUUCCUUUAAGUGGAAUAAUGAACUUAAAUGGUUUGACAUAUACAUAUCAGGUAGAGAUGAAUGUGAAACUUGCAAUUGGACUAUAAAGCAAUCAGGACCAUGUUUAUCUUCAAACACUUGCUAUGAGUGGAAUAAGUAA